UCCCUACUGUCGAAUCCGCCGCCAUCGUCAAUGGAAGCAGAAGCUAAUAGCUUCCGCCUACCGUCCGACUGGAAUGACUUGAUCACGGAAGAGGAAUGGGCGGGGAUGUCCGUGAUCGAGAAGAUUGAGAUCAUGAAGAUCGUGGCUAAGGCAGAGGAAAGCCGCCGCCGCCUCCAGCUCCUCAGCGGCAAUCCCCACAGCAUCAAGAGCCCCGUCGAUUCGCAGAGUGACUCGACGGUCCAAAGGCGUCGUUUUGCCGGUGACUCCGAUGGCAAGGAGGCCAAGCGGCAACGCCAGGGUGUGGAACUGAGCGGAAUCGAGAUGCAGUCGAGCGACAACCUCCCUCCUUAGCCCGACAAGAUCUUGGUGUUUCCAGAGGUUGGGAGUGGACAGUCAGCUAUCUACUGAAUAUCUUGAUGUUUUGGAAACUGAGUUCCAGUUAUCUAAUUUCAAAUCAGGUGUUCAAGUCAAGUGAUGAACAGUGCAUGUACCUAACUUUACAUGCAUAACUUUGUCGGGAAAUACAUGAAGCACAUGUAACCCAGUUGUUUAAACCUACUACA